AUCGAGUAUCUGGACUCGGUCAGCUCAGCCGCAUCCUAUGGAAUAUAAGUAUUGGCAUCCUCGGCUGCGUACUACGAAGCUCCUUUUUGACUUAUCAAAUUGCCUCCCUUGGAGUAGUUCCAAUCGUUCCCGAAAAUGCGGAUUCCCGGCUCUGUGACCGUUCUCGCAACAGCGUUGGCUUUGUCUCUGUUACCACUACAAGCUGCCGGCCAAACAUGCGCGGCCAAUUGUACCGUAACCGUCGGUAACGGUUUCGUCCUUCAUUGGGCCCCGCAGGACUUUACUACCACGAUCGUUGCCGCUACCGUUGUCCAAAUAGUCAACACCGAUUUACACGUUACCAGGCUUUCGACAGUUUACAAUGAGUUACCCGCCGGCUACACAGUGCCCACCAACACCAAUGCCCAGGGCACACAGACAGUUCCAGUGGCGUAUGUUCGAACUGGUAAAACUCUGACCACCGACGUCGCAUUCCCUACCCCAUUCCAGUAUUUCCCGGAUCGGUACACGUGGAAUGGAACGUUGCCCACAACGGACGCGAAUAGCAAUUCCAUUUGCUCUACCGACGCCAGUGCCAUAGAGUUUGUGGACUUCUGGUCGCAGCAGACUACGUUCACAACGCCCACUAAUACGUAUGGGCCGGAUCCUGGUGGUCUCUUGUUCACAACUUGGUGGGGCGAAUACGUCGGGAUGGCGAAUACUUACAAGAAGAUUUUCACUACGGACGCAGCCCUGCAAUCGUGCUCACCGUACUACCCCCCCGCCCCAGCUGUUCCAGAAUUUACCGCCAGGUUCAUCACCGAUACGUCUGUAUCUUAUGAGGGCGGCUCUUCGUCUGGGGGAGGGCAGCAAACAGCACCGUCAUCGAACUCGGCCACGCGAACCUCCGGACCGUCCGAAGCAUCGUCCGAAGCCACGUCGGGAGGCUCUAACUCUGCCGCUGGCGAAGGAACAGCUUCGUCUUCAGCCAUGGGGACGAUUACCAAGGUGGUAACAUCGACAUCCCUGAAUACUGUUGUGACGAACGGCCCUUCUGGAGUAGAGACGCUCGUCAACACCGUCGACAUCAUAAGUGCGGUGGUGUCGACCCCCAGCAGCGCCAGCACGACUACAGAGGCCCCGGCAAAUACACCGACAAACGCAGGCCCCACUACUCAUCCGGUGUUCUGGACACUAGGAGCCACUUUGAUGGCGUUUUUUAUUCUUACGAUGUGAUGACGCUGAAUAUUUGAGGAUAGAAAUGGACCAUGAAUGGAUCUGGACCACAUUCAAUUGGAUAAAAGGCGUAGUAAUAACAACAUCAGAGCGAGACAUCAGUACAUGUAUCCAUCUGAUCACACGCCGCCCCGCCUCGUUUUCUCGAGAUUCCUUUUCAAGAACCCUCCCGAUACCUAAUAUCGAAACAUUUCUUCACAGGCCCAGCGGGUUCCCCACAUUCUACUCUGUCCCUCCAAACGGCUCCUUCAUCCUUUCUCCCUCCGCCUCUCCCUACUUAGUAGGACUGCCUUCGUGGUUUCCA